AUGGUAGUGGCAGUGCCCCUUCUGAACGUCCCCGCCGGAACCUCCCACCGCAGUGCUUCGUCCGGCCCUUGUCGUCACCCAGAUCCCGCGCCCUCCCCGUCCCGGGGUCCCCGCCCCUCCCCCCCCCCUCUGGGCCCCCCCCCCCCUCCCGAGUGCGCCCCGCAGCCUUCGGGCCCCCUCCCCCUCAGGGCGUCCGAAGGCUCGCUCUCGCCCCGCGCCGCCCCGUCACCGUCCCCCCGCGCCCCCAACCCCCUCGACUCCUCCAACCCGGGCGACCACCCCAGGCGCUGGUGCCGCCGCGGCGGCUCACCGGCCGGUCCGCCCUGCUCGCCCGCCAGUCCUAGGCCGCCCCCCCUCGCGCCCGUUCCACCACCCGGCCCCGCCCCUGCCCUCCCCCCCCCGCCUGCCGACACCCCUCAGGCGCCCUACCGCCCUGACCCCCUGACCCAGCCCCCGCCCCCCCCCCAUCCGCCCCUGGCGGACUUCCCCCCCCUCCCGGCCUCCAACCCCCCCCCGCAUACCCUGCUGCUUCCGCGCCCCCACGAGACCCCGCCCCCCCUCCGGCUGGGCGCGAUCCCCGACGGGGGGUAUCCCGCGACCUCCCGGUCCCGCACCGUCCGCUCGGACCCGGCACCCAACCCACCUUACCAGUCCCCGCUUGCAGCCCCUGCCCCCCGAUCCCCCCCCCGCGCGUCCCCCCCAGCCGCGCGAACCCCGCACCCCGACAGGUGUGGCGACAGCGCUAGACACGCACCCCACCGGGCCACUGCGGUCGCCCCCCUGGAUCGCCCGUCGUACCACACCAUUCCCCCCCUGGAGCCCCGGCUGCCACCCCCCCGCCUGUUGGCCGGCGCACGCCCACCCGCCACGCACCGGCGCCUCCAACCCCCCCCCGCGUGGAUCUCCCGUCCCUCACGCUGCCCACGCCGACCUGUCCCCCCCCCGCCGCCCCCCACCGCAAUCCCGCCCGUAGGAGGUAACCCCCCCCCUGGCCCACGGGAACCGCUCCCCCCCCCCCAGCAUGCCCGCGCGCCCCCCCUGCCCCUUCCAAGCGCCGGGUUACCCGCAAUCCGCCUACCAGCCCUUGCGCUCGGCCCCCCACCCUCCCCCCCUCACCCUCGCCCCGCCGCCCUCGACUGCAGUCACGCCCCCCAGACUGGCGUGUGGCCCCCCCGGCCAUGCAGCCGCGACGUCCCCCCCCCCGUGCCCCCGCGGCGCGUCGCACCUAGAACCCCCCCCGCUGCCCGCCCCCGCUGGCCCAACUGCGCCAAGACGGCCCGCGGCCCUGGUCGAUUGCCCGCCCCAAAAACGAAGGCCCCCCCGCGACUGACUGCCCAACACAGCCCCCCUCGCCCCGGAACGCCCGCCCAGCUACCCGGUCCUCCUGUACUGCGGUACCGGUACCGCCCCCCACCGGAGCAGGGAGCGAUCCCCUGCCGCACCCCGAGCCGGCUCCCUCCUCCCCGGGGGGGGCGCGACAGGCCGACCCCGCGGAGGUUCACGCCCCCCGCGCGAUCGCGCCCCGCAUCCGCCUCCCCCGUGGGCCGCCACUGCCGCCCAUCCGCGGCGCUUCCCCGAUGCCCUCCCCUUCGGUGUGGGUGGGGGGGGCGCGCCCCGAUGCCCCGUCGCCCCGGAGCGCGUGUCACUCCGUCCGCAAUCCCCCCUCCCUCGGCGCCUCCGCCCGCCCCGCCUAGCCCGGUCCCCCGCUGGUGCCCCGCGUGGCCCCCCCACCGCGCGCGCCUGCCCCGUCCGCUGAAGCCCGUGAGUCCGGGACCCCUCCCCCCCCCCCGCUCCGCCUCGCCGCGGGGGAGGGGCUCCCGUAAGACUCUCACGGAAACCCCACGUCUGGCCCCCAUCCGGACCACGACACGCGAGCCCCUACCGCCACCGCUACCGCGGCACGUGAAAAAACGCCGCUCCCCCCCCCCCACUACCGGGUUCCCACCGCGCUGCCGCGGCCGGCCCCCGGCGCCCCCAUGGUAUGCGCCCGGGCCGGCCCCGCCCCCACUCCCCCCAGGGCCCGACCGCGCCACGCCCUGCCCCUCGGCCCGCCCCCGCGGGCGACCCAUGGUCACCGCACCCAGGUGUGCCGAGCGCCCCGGCUCGCCGAAACGUGACCCCGCACACGGGCCCGGCCCGGAGGCUCUCGUCCCCGCCUGUUCUGGUGGGGCCCCCCCGCUGGUGGUGGCGUCGGGCCCGUCUGGGCCCGCCGAGGUGCCACGGGCCGACCGGCCGCGCCCCGCGGAGAGGACACACGUGCCGCCGCGCGAGGCUAGUUGCCGGGGGACAGGGUCCCACCCGCCCCCCCCGGGGGCAGCCGCCCCGCACAGCGUGGUGCCCCGGCCCCGCCGUCCCAGCGCCCGGCCCAUCCCCGAGCACCUCCGGGGCGGCCCCCAGCCCCGGCGACCACCGGCCGCCGGCAGCGACAGCCCGCGCAGCCGACUGGCCCCCCCUCGUCUGACGGAGCUCCCCCCGGCCCCCCCCGCCCGGGGUCGCCCCCACGCCCCCGGCCCCAACCGCCACGGGCCCGCCUGCCGCGCGCGUCCCCACCCCCCGUGCUUGAGCGACCCCCGGCCCCCCCGUCCCCCCGGCCCCGUCGGCCCCCUGGUCCACACCGGGGCGCCCGAUCGCGCUACCCCCUCGUCCCCUCCGCGCUGUCAAGCAUGCAGGGUGCCUCCCACCCCCGGGCCCCCUCCGCUACGCUUGGGGGGUGCCGCCGCUCGCGCCAUCGCCCCCGCCACACCUACCCCGGCCGCGCCGGGCGCUCGACUCCCGACCCCCACCAAGCACUCAACCAGCGCCGGCCAGCCCCGGUCAGUCCAACGCACAGAACACGCGGGGGGACGACGCGCCCCGUCGCCCCACCGGGGGUGGGGGUGGGAGUCACCCACCCACAGGCGCCUGCACAAAACUGGCGCCCCAGUCACACCCGACCCUCCCGCGCAGGGCGCCACCACUUGUCCCACCCCCCCGCGAAGCCGGCCGCGCCCCCCGUCCGCGCCCAGCGCCCCCGCGCCCCCCCCUCACAGCCCGCCCCCGGGGGUGUGUGGUUGGGGGCUCUGUCCACCCCCUCCGGCGUCACGGGACGGGCCCAACAAGGGUGCGCGGGGCCCCGGCGUCCCGGGGCCCCCCCUUUCCGGCCCCCUCCCCCCCGGCCUGAACGCCUCUCCGCCCUCCGGGGGGUGGAGGGGGCCCCGACGGCCGCCCGGUCGCCCACGCGGGGACAACAAGAGCGUAUCCCCGCGCCCCGUCUCCGGGGCCCCCGGCACCGACCCCACCCACGCGGCCCGGGCGCAUGGCCCACCGUGA